UGUUUGAGAGCUUAGCUAUUCAAGUUGUACUCUAUGGCUAACGAGAACAAAGAUAAGGUGGGCGAGGGAGCCUUCGGCUUGGUGCUCCGGACUGUAUACGAAGAAUAUGACGCCAUGGUGAAGGUGCCUCGUCUUGGUGACUUCUUUGCAUCACAUUUCCUACACGAGGCUCAGGUUCUGAGGUACCUUGAUGGGGCAGGCGGAGCGCCACGCCUGCUCCACCUGGGGCCACCAGAGGACCCCAGGAUCUUCAUGACGAGCGCUGGCUCCACCACCCUGCAGCACCUGCUGGACGAGGAGGCGCUGGACGAGCAGGGCGUGGUGCAGACCGUGCUGAGUGUUGCUCUGAGGGUGCAGGAGGUGCACGCCAAGGGUGUAGUGCACAACGACCUCAAAGCAGACAAUGUGAUGGUGAGCGCCGCCUGUGACCAGAGCGGCCUGCACCAGGUCAACCUCAUUGACUUCGGCCUGAGCACGUUCACGAGGGAGGUGGAGCGGCCACAGUUUGAGCUGCACGAAUCCUACGGCGAUUGUUCGGUGAUGUUCGAGGAAGGUGACCCAGCCAACGACGUGGUAGACCUCGGCAGCAUGCUGAAGGAGGCGCUGGACGAAGUGUGCUUCCUGGGGAGCGAGGAGGCACUUGGCGGCGCCCUUGCCACUCUGAUGGAAGCCAUGAUGCGCGAGAGUGCCUCAGACCGGCCAGACAUUGGGGAAGUCAUUCUCUCCCUUCAGUUCCUCGUGGGACGCGGCAAAUCUUGAUACUGUCACGGCAAGCCUUGAUACAGUCGUGUAUGCCGAAAAAAGGCAGGGAAUUGAUUCACCGCGUCACAGAUCAUGUCCUGUCCAGUGUAUACAGUACGCCCGUAGUGAUGAGCUUUGUGAAAUCCAAUGUCGCUCUUCCUAUUA